AGCACAGAGCACACUGACACAGCCAGCAGCAUGCAGGACCAGGAGCACAAGCAGUGUCCCACACAGGGCUACCUGGGGGCAUUUAAGCACUUUGCCACACAAGCGAUCCACGAAGGGCAGGAACCUGAGCAAUGGAAGUCUCUGGCAGUGGUGCCACCCAUCUCCCUCUCCACCACCUUCAAGCAGCAUGGCCCGGGUGAGCAUGGGGGUUACGAGUACAGCCGCAGUGGAAACCCAACAAGGAACUGUCUGGAGAAAGCAGUCGCUGCCCUCGAUGGGGCCAAAUACUGUUUGGCCUUUGCAUCCGGCUUGGCUGCAACACUUAACAUUGCCCACCUCCUGAAAGCUGGAGACCAUAUCAUCUGCACCAGCGACGUGUACGGAGGUACAAACAGAUAUUUUAGAAGAAUUGCAGUACAGCUGGGCCUAACGGUGACUUUUGUUGACUGCUCUAAAGUGAACUGUUUGGAAGCUGCAAUUACACCGGACACCAAGCUUGUGUGGAUUGAAACCCCAACGAACCCGACUCUAACGGUUAUUGAUAUAAAAGCUUGUGCGGAUGUCGUUCACAAACAUCAAGACGUCCUCCUGGCUGUGGACAACACGUUCAUGUCUGCCUAUUUCCAGCGGCCUUUGUCUUUGGGAGCAGAUAUCUGCAUGUAUUCAGCAACCAAAUACAUGAAUGGCCACACUGACGUUGUCAUGGGAUUGGUUUCUGUAAACUGCGACAAAGUCUACGAAAGGUUAAGUUUCCUUCAGAAUGCUCUUGGCGCUGUCCCAUCUCCGUUUGAUUGCUACCUCUGCAACCGUGGACUGAAGACCUUGCACCUCAGGAUGAAGCAGCAUUUCCACAAUGCUCUGGCCCUGGCCACGUAUAUGGAGAAAGAUCCUCGUGUCGAUAAAGUCCUGUUUCCAGGGCUGCCAUCUCACCCACAGUAUGAAAUCACAAAGCGCCAGUGCACUGGAGUGUCCGGGAUGAUCACCUUCUACAUCAAAGGAAACUUGGAGCAUUCGAAGAUCUUCCUCAAGAGCUUGAAGGUGUUUACACUCGCUGAAAGCCUUGGUGGAUAUGAAAGUCUGGCCGAGCAUCCAGCCAUCAUGACUCACGCCUCAGUGCCCGAGGAGGACCGAGCCGCCCUGAACAUCAGCGACACCCUCAUUCGCCUCUCCAUUGGGUUAGAAGACACAGAAGACAUUAUAGGAGACAUAGACCAAGCAUUACAGGCUGCGCACCCAGAGCUGACCAAUCCGACCAAGGUGCAAGAUCUGUUGCAGCAUCUGAAGUUUAACUGCUGAAUAUUGAUUUAACAUUCCCGAGCCGGUUUCCUAGUAAUUUAAAAUAUUAACAUUGGGCCAGACACAUGCCACUUUUAAUUAUCAACUAAUUGUUUUCAUGAUCACUAUUCAACUUGCAGGAUGACAGGCCGAACUGGAUGGACAAAUGUAUUUUUUUUCAGCCUUAUGUACUAUGUUACUCCAGAGCUGCACUCCCUAUCCUGCUGGUGGCGUCACUGUGUACAUACAUUACAUUACUUAUUCUGAAUUGCAUUCUAUAUUAUACUCCAGAGCUGCACUCUCUUCUAUUCUACUGUGAAAUCAGUAUGUACAUACCCUACCCUCCCUGAUCUAGAGUUACAGCCUAUUUUAUACUCCAGAGCUGCAGUCCCAGUUCUACUAGUUGUUAUGGGAAACGGCAGACUUGUGAACAGAGGCCCCACAAGAGUUUAGCUUAGCUGGUCUACUGUAACGUGAGGUGGAGGGGCAGUUUUUUUCUUUUUUCUUUCCUACAUCAGAUGACUGUAGUAUAAGGGUCCAUUCACGCAUCUGCAAAACGGGUCUGCAUCUGUUCCGCAAUUUUGCGGAACAGGAGCGGACCCAUUUAUUUUCAAUGGGGCCGGAAUGUGCUGUCCGGAUCUGCACUUUCGUUCCGCAAAAAAAAUAGAACGUGUCCUAUUGUCUGCAAGUGCGGACAAGAAAAGGCAUUUUUCUAGGAGAGUGCCGGAGAUAUGCGGUCUGCAAAACGCGGAACACACAUUGCCGUGUCUGUGUUUUACGGACGUGUGAAUGGACCAAGUUGCUUAACUUUUUAUGUGAAUUGGUUGUUAAAUGACACCCACAAGAGUGUAAAGAUCCCACCCGCGGGGCCCGGGUCCUGCAUUUGGCGUUAGCCAUGAUGCUGAUUUUUGCAGUUGCAUAGAAGCCAAAAUCCCGUACUACUUAUGAGAAGAAAGAAGGCGCUGGAAUCCGUAGGGCGCGCUGGUCAGAUGAUUGCAUCCUACGUCUUAGUACAUCGUCCAUAUAUCCAAACCUCAAUAAAGCUCAGUAUUUUCACACACA